AUGAGCCAGCGUGCGUUUUUCUCAACUGCAGGUUCCGAAAUUAUGGGACAGUCGCAAAUCCUUGAUGGCUUACCUACAACUAAUAUUGGCCCUGCUGUAACGUCCGUGCAGUUUCAAUCAUCUGGUUGCUCAACUUCAGUUCUCUAUCAAUCUACCGUUACACCAACGUUUUACACUUCAACUGGAUCUCCAUUUCAUAGUACUGGGGCAUUUCUACCUCCGGCUGUCGAGGAUCGCAAGGAAUAUGUGGCUGUGUUGCCAGCUGGUGUUCAAAUAAAUGAUGCUUCGGGCCUAAUACCAGCAAGUGGGAGAGGCACUCUUGCAUCCGUGGGAACAGUUGACACUGCCAGUUCAGUUGCGCAACUUACGGCGGUCCCACUUUCUCAUGUGCAGUUGGCACCCGUACAGCUGGCUAGUGAUGGGCAGUCAAAUACUCAGCAGCAAAUAAUUUAUGAACAUUAUUAUGUUGAUCAGCAGCACCCAUCAACUUCGGCAACAAUCAAUGCAAAUUCACGCGGUCUUCUAUCUGAAACCGCAUCAGCUGGCGCUGAAAAUGGCAAAGAUUUCGCAAGUAAAAGUGGUAGCAGUGAGACAUGUUCAUUGAGUGGAUCCGAUACUGCUGCCGCACUACAAUUGAAACGGCAAAAACAAGCGGAUGCAGCACGCCAAAGGUAUCAACGAAUGACUCUAGAGGAGCGAAAGGAGGUAAAUCAGAAGAGGACUGAAGCACAGAAACGUAAACGACAAAAAGACAAAGAACUGGAGGAAUUGGAAUCACUUCUACGACAAUCGAAAGAUAUAGAAGAUGAUCCAGCAAUAAAUGAACAACUAAGGGAAAAACGAAUCCGAGCUCGACGUGCAGAGGCUGCACGAUUGCGUUAUCAGAGGAUGAGCUCGGAAGAAAGACGUGCUUACAAUCAGAGAAGACGUUUUCGACAGCUUGGCAUUCAAGGUGGUGAUCUUGAAGUUGCUGCUUUGUUCUGGGUUGUUUUUUUGUGGAUAGUGAUCAAGAAGGGCGUUCGUCUAGAGUCAGGCGCAAAGAAAAACGGCAUGGACGAGGAAAAGUUGCGGCAACAUAUCAUCGAACAAAAUGCAAAAAAGGCAGAAGCAGCGAGAUUGCGUUAUCAUCGAAUGACUGAUGAAGAGAAACGUCAAUAUAAUCAGAGGCGAAAUAGUGCAUGGAUGAUGGAAAUGAGGAUUUCCAAUCAGCAGAUUGGAAUUGUGAUAGAAGUUGCAGAAGCCGCAGCUUUUGCUUCCGAGAACAUGAACACAGAAGCUUUCCGUCGCAGACGUAUUGAGGAAGAAAUUUUACUGUCUACUCCAGCAGGUCGUAUAAGUGCGGAGGCUCUGAAUAGAGCACAACAAAUCAUGUUACGUAAUGCUAAACGAGCAGAAGCUGCUCGAUUACGGGGUGAUGAAGCUGCAAAUGCUAAAUGGUGGCAAAAAAGCAGCUCUGCAUACAUAUCUAACAAUAAGGGUACUGAAGAAAUCGAAAAAUACCAGCGAAUGACGCCAGAACAGCGACGAGCAUAUAAUCAAAAAAGAUCUCGUGCAAAAAAAGAACGUGAACGAGUGAUGCGUGCUGCUUCAGAGGAUGCCAUGUCAAGCUUGUCAUCAUCUAUAAAUGGAAAUGAAAGUUCGGCACAAGUUAACAGUAGCAAUAGUGCAGUGGAACAGAAGCCAGUGAUUGAUAGUGUGGUUAGCGAAGAGGUAUUAUCUACUCUCGAAAGAGAUGUAUUGAAACGGACGCGACAAGCGAACAUGGUGCUAAUGCGACAAAAAAGGCUUCCACCGCAGGAACAGUUCGUUAUUGUGAGUACAAAUCCUGACGGUACUCAAACAGUUAUCCCAGCAACAACUACCGAAGAUGGUAAACAAAUAUUUCAUAUUCCUGCCACAGCAACAACAACAGAGGAUGGGAAACAAGUAUUUCAUAUUCCAGCCAUAACACAACAACUUAUUAGUGCUGAUCCAAAUACUCUAACACUGGUUGAUGAUUCGAGUAAACUGUUAGGCACCGCACAGCAGCCACUCCAGAUAGCAUCAGUACCGCAACUUCUCGGUUUGCCGCAGCAGCAGCACAGCAACAGCCAUGAUCACGGAGAAACAUCGCAUCAAGUUGCGAUGACUCAGCAACAACAGAUAAUUCCGCAGCUUGCUGAGUUGCACAAUGUACAGGAAGGCGGUGGUGCAGAUGAUGCGCGGCAUACGGCACGCGAAAAUCAAGUUAAUGCUCAUGGACAACUGCAAGCACAUCAGCAACAAGGUUCACAACAGCACAUGCAACAACAGACACAACCGCAACAUAUUAUAGUAACUUUGCAAGAGCCUCAACAACCGAUGCAGCAUCAGAUAAUUGUUACCGAUUUGAAUCAAGCAACCGGAGCUGUUCUUUCAAGUAUGAGUGGACAUGGACGUUCACGCGGUCGCCCUCCAAUGUAUGCUGCUGCUGCUGCUGCAAUUCAACAGCAACAAGGCAAUGUAAUGCUACCGCCAGGACAAGUUACAAUAACAGCAACACCGAUGAUAAACGAGACGGAAAUAAAACCACCAUAUCGAGUAACUGGUCCACGCCAUAUGAAUACGGCACCGAGUAGACGAGAUAUUUUGGCAGUUGCGACUGCAGCAUCAGUCGGGCCAACAACAGGAAUUUCUCCCGAACAAAAAUUAGAGAUGCAAAGGGCAAAGCGAGCAGAGCGGGCAAGGUUACGUUAUCACAACAUGUCUGCUGAAGAGCGACGCAAUUUCAAUGCGCGCCGUGCUAAAGCUUUGCGGACUGCUCGUAUGAGAGAUGAUGAACUGUGUCGAAUGGCCGAAAGAGCUCAGAUGUCCGGAACUACUUUGGACGCAGAUUUAAUGAUACAGGUAGCUGAAGCACAACGCCGUCGUGCAAAACGAGCAGAAGCAGCUCGAUUGAAGUACCAUAGAAUGAGUAGUGAAGAACGACGCCAGUACAAUGCGAUGAGAGAUGCACAAAGGCGUCAGAGAAAAAGACAAAAGGAAGAACAAGAACUGCUGGAACGUGAGCGUCAACAGCAGGAACAACAACAGCAACAACAACAACAAAAUGAAAUUCACCAAGAGACCCGUGAACAGGUUGAGUUAUUUGAAUCAGCUUUGAUUGUAGACGCACUCUUUAUCGUUAUUCAAUUUUUGCAGAGUCGGGAUGCAAAUCGUGAAGGCAAUAACGAACAAAUUUUGUAUGACUCAUACAUUCGGUAUGAUAGUCAAAUAGAUCACGGUUGGGCAGUACAAAGUUGA